AUGAAUAAAGUAGUAGUUAAAGCAAAAGAUAAUGAUGACUUAAGAAGUUCAAUUGAAUUUGCAGAAUUUUUUGGAUUUAAAAUUAAUUAUCCAGAAUGUUUAUAUGGUGUAAUACCACCAAAAGAAUAUAUCGAAGCCAUUGAAUUUAUAAAUGCAAAUUCAAUAAGAGAUAAAUUAGUAUUAGGUGAUUCAUUUAUAGUUUUAAUAUUAUCAAUGCUUUUAUUAUUUAUACCACAUAUUUUUAUUUUAUCAUCAGAUUAUAGAAAAAGAACAAAAUAUUUAAAAGAUAUUGAAGAUGGUAUAAAACCAGCUAUUCAACAAAUUAAUAAUACUCUUGGAGCAGCCAGAGGUGUAACAUUUGCUUAUAAAAUGGCAAGAAAUGUAAAAAAAAUUAAAUUAAUAAUUUCAUACCCACAAAGUCAAGCUGUACAACUACCAAUUUCAAAUUCAUUACUUGCAACUGAUAAUACACAUAUUUUAUUAUUAAAUGAUUUAGGUUAUCAAAGAUAUCAAUAUUCUCAAACUUAUCAUUAUUGGACAGAGAAUUUUAAUAAUAAUUCAAUGAAACCAAUUUAUGUUAGAACUGGUUGGAUUAGUGAUGGAAGUGUUUCAACCAAGAAAUUUCAAUAUCCACCACAAUUAUAUAAUUAUAUUUCAAGUAAUGAAUUAUUUGCAGUAUUAAAAGAAUAUGAAGAAUUUAGAGGACCAAAAGCACCAGAUCAUUCAACUUUAGAAAAUAUUGCAAUUUUUACAGCUGCUUUUCUAGUUGGUAUUUUCCUUUUAAUUUAUUUAAAUUAUGGAUUUAAAGAUGAAGAAGAUCAAUAUUAUCAAGAUUAUUUCAAUUCAAUCGAAGGUUUAAUGAAUCAAUUUAAUCAAAGAUUUUCACAAAGAGGAAUUAUAUUUAAAGCAUACAGAUUAAAACAACGUGGUGCACAUAAACCAGAUUUGGUUAUUUAUAUUCCAAAAGAACAAAAUGAUAUGGCACAAUUAAUAACUACUCAACCAAGUAAUUACCCAAUGGUUGUUUCAUCUUUAAAUGGCAAUUUCUUACCAUUAUUCCAAGUUAAUCAACCAAUACUUUUUAAUGCAUUACCACAACCAUCAGUUAUUAAAAUUUCAAACUAA